AUGACAUGGGAGGAGGAUGUGGCGAGCGCAUUGGGCAAGCUAGGCCUGCACGAUGAAGUGCAGGUGCAAUAUGUCGCCGGCAUACUUCAGGAUGAGGCGAUAGAUGAGGAGGACAAACGAGAUGCCAUGACAGGCGUCCUCGCCGAGGUCGAAGAGGACGAAGCGACGCUCAGACCGACACUGGAUCAUCUCAUCAGCCUGUCAGAGAGACACCUUGCUCGAUCGAAGGACCUCGAAGCCAUCAAACGCGAGCAAGACCUCUUGGCUGCUAGAGAGAGGACCAAGCAAGCUACAGCUCGCGUGGUCGAUGAUGAACCCGCUUCCAAGCCAGCGGGCAGGGAACUGACAGAGGAGCAAAGAGCCGACCGCGCGCGUAUCCUGGCAAGCUAUGCGCUCAUCGCAGACGAUGAAUCCGAUCCGGAAGAGAGCGCAGCAGCAAGUGCUCCUCCCGAAGCGACUGCUGACGUCAGCACGCUCAGCAAGAAGCAGAGAAAACGCCUCAAAGACACAGAGGACGGUAUCGAUCUGCUCGCGAGACCCAACAUGAACGUUGCCAGCGUCAGAGCAGCAGAAGAGAAGAAGCGAGCUGCUGCCAAAGAUGCUGCAGUAUCAAAGUCGAUCAAGGACAAGGCCGAUCUGCUCAAACAGCGCACGGAUCAGGCCAAGCGGAAAGAGGAGGCUCAGAAAAAGGCGGCGCGUGGCGAACGUCGCGCUUGA